ACUGCAGAUCAAAAAAACGAAGAUGAAAACUUAAAAAUGAGCCCUAGAGCUGGUAGUGCUGCCACCGGAUCCCCUGGCAGACCAAGUCCCACCAACUUCACGCAGAAUAGCCAAGUCAUUGAGGGCAUCUUUGAUCUUUCCAGCAAAUCUACCUCAACAGUAGGAACAAGUGACAGCUCAGAAGAGAUCCCCACUGCUUUCAAGCCAGUGAGAAAAAGCACAGACUCCCACACAUCACUGAUCAGAGGAAACUCUCCAUGCACUGGAAGUGAAGUUGCCUUAUCCAACGCAAGCAGUUACUCAGAUGACGAUGAAUCAGCGUCGGGUUGUGAAGACGACUCAGGAUUUGCUCCUCUCAACCUUUCCAGAAAGCCUGAAAUAGAAAAGGGUUCUGUAGCUGAGUCUGUCUGCCUCAUGGGGGAGCAGGACAUGCCCUUAAAUCUUUCCGUCAAAGACUCCAGCAAAAGGGACCAUUCAGUACCUAACAGUGAAAGUUCACCAUCUCCAACAUACGGUUCCUUCUGUUCUAGCUACCAAACCCAAACCAUCAAGGACGCAACCAAAGCUUUAAGCGAGCAGUCACUGAUCGACAACUGUGAUGAGCAAAAACAAUCGGCUGCUGUGGCCCUUUGCCAGCUAGCUUCAUACAGUCCAGGACCGGCAGCCCAAGCCAUCAAAGAGGACAUCCUGGAAAGCCAGACUGCCGCAACAGAAUUGGGAGUCAAUACCCCAGUUGUCCAAGAGACAGAACACCAUGCUGAAAAGAGG